AACCUACAUAAAACAUUACUCAUAGCUAUUAGACACUUUUAUUUUGAAACAAAUGACGUCCUUCAUGUGAGAAGAAUUUGUCGCCGGCGUUUCUGUAGACGUUUAGUAACAUUCCAGGCUCACGUGCGGUAGUUGGAUAGCUGUUUUUAAACUGUAUAUUAUUAAUAUUUUGAGUUGAGCCAAGGCACCAUGGGAGAGCAGUUUAGUCCAGACGAGAAAUUCAGCCUCAUUACCAGAAACCUUCAGGAAGUUCUUGGGGAAGAGAAGCUUAAGCAAAUUCUUCAGGAAAGAGAAUUAAAAGUAUACUGGGGCACUGCGACCACUGGCAAGCCCCAUGUUGCCUACUUUGUUCCCAUGUCAAAGAUUGCAGACUUCCUGAAGGCUGGUUGUCAGGUCACCAUCCUCUUUGCUGAUCUUCAUGCUUACUUGGACAACAUGAAGGCUCCCUGGGAGCUGCUGGAGCUCCGGGUUCAGUACUAUGAACAGGUUAUCAAGGCAAUGCUGGAGAGCAUUGGGGUUCCCCUGGAUCGGCUCAAGUUUGUCAAAGGCACAGACUUCCAGCUGAGCAGGGAGUACACCCUGGAUGUGUAUCGGCUGUCUUCCAUUGUGACUGAGCAUGAUGCCAAGAAGGCUGGAGCUGAGGUGGUGAAGCAGGUGGAGCACCCCCUCCUGAGUGGCCUGCUCUACCCUGGACUACAGGCUCUGGAUGAGGAGUACUUAAAGGUGGAUGCUCAGUUUGGUGGCGUGGACCAGAGGAAGAUCUUCACUCUGGCAGAAAAGUACCUGCCCUCUCUCGGUUACACAAAACGAAUCCACAUGAUGAACCCGAUGGUGCCUGGCCUGACUGGAAGCAAGAUGAGCUCUUCUGAAGAGGAUUCCAAGAUAGACCUUCUUGACAAGAAAGAAGAUGUCAAGAAGAAGCUGAAGAAGGCCUUCUGUGAGCCUGGGAAUAUUCAGAACAAUGGAGUUCUUUCCUUCGUCAAGCAUGUCCUCCUCCCACUGAAUUCUGAAUUUGUGAUUAAAAGAGAUCCUAAGUGGGGAGGGGACAAAGUUUACACAGACUUUGAGGAAGUAGAGAAGGACUUUGCUGAGGAGCAUAUCCACCCAGGUGACUUAAAAGCUUCAGUGGAGGUGGCACUGAACAAACUUCUGGACCCCAUCAGGAAAAAGUUUGAUACACCAGAGUUGAGGAAACUAACCAGUUCAGCCUAUCCCAAUCUCUCUAAAAACAAGAGUGCAUCAAAAGGAAACCCCCAAAAUAAACUGGAGGAAGAGAUCAUUCCAUCCAGACUGGAUCUCAGAGUGGGAAAAAUUGUCAGUGUACAGAAGCACCCAGAUGCAGACUCCCUGUAUUUAGAGAAGAUUGACAUUGGAGAGGAGCAGCCUCGGACUGUAGUAAGUGGCCUAGUGGCCUACGUUUCCCAGGAGCAGCUGCAGGACCGGCUUGUGGUUUUGCUGUGCAACCUGAAGCCCCAGAAGAUGCGAGGGAUCGAGUCUCAGGCCAUGCUGCUCUGUGCCUCAGUCGAGGGAGAGCCCAGGCAAGUAGAGCCACUGGAUCCACCUGAGGGAUCAGCACCGGGUGAUCGCGUUUAUGUAGAAGGCUAUGAAUCCGGGAAACCUGAUGAUGAGCUGAAGUCAAAGAAGAAUGUGUUUGAGAAACUGCGGGUGGACCUGAAGAUCUCAGCUGAAUGCGUAGCUAAGUGGAAAGAGAAUGAUCUAAUGACCAAACUAGGAAAAAUUACUUGUAAAACACUCAAAGGUGGCAACAUCAGUUAGAUAUUCUCUUCUUCUUUUUCCCCCAACUCAGUCUUCAAGACUAGACUUUCAGACCAGUAUCCCAAUGACAACUGCACAGUGCCAGAUAACAUUCAGAUAUGUAUUCUAGUAGUGAUUAAAGGCUAGUUUAAAACCAACUAAUAACAAUUUACAAGCGAGUCAGUUUUCAUCAUGCCUAAAAUGUGCUGUACAUUGCAUGUACUGGUGUCCAACAAUCUUUAGGAUAAUGUGCUUCAAUGAACAAUGGUUUACAUUUAAAAUAGAUAAAGGGUGUUCACCUAGUCACAUUCAUUUAUAUUGCUUAGUUGCCAGGAAUGAGGUUGGUCAAAUUCGAGAAAACAGUUGCAUUGUAGACUAAACUUUACAUAUGUAAGAGAUAAUACUAAUGCAAUAUAUCCAAAAUAAACAUGGAAAUUUAAGAAACAC